GAGCGGUGAUCGGACUGCGGCGAUUUGGGUGAGGUGGGUGGAAGCCAGGAGCUGCGGGCGCGGGGACUCGUGGCUGCUCUGCUGGUGCUGCGGAAGGCCGUGCUGUUUUCCCUUGUUGGACCAUACGGAUUGCGGUGUCCGGGUUCUCCCUGGCGCGCCAUCCUGAACUCCCGCAUUCAAGGUUUCUUUUUUCAAAAAAUUCAAAUGCUAAUGCCAAUCAGGGUACAUUGAAAUAAGAGGUGGCACAAUAGAAGCUAGCCUAAUUGAAGAAAUACUAUCAAUGAUUAUAUUUCACACUGGAAGUAGAACCUGGCAACAAGCUUUUCUUACUUUGAGCAGUUUUGAUGGCUGAAAAAAGACAGUCCUACAGUGUAGGGGAAGCAAUGGAGCAACUCACAGGACCUGAUGUGCAGAAAUGGGCCAAUAUGGAUCCAGAAGAGCAGAUGCUAGCAGCUGCUACAGCUUUUACCCAUAUCUGUGCAGGGCAGAGUGAGGGAGAUAUUAGGCGAGAAGCCCAGUCUAUCCAGUAUGACCCCUACAGUAAAGCUUCAGUAACCCCAGGGAAGCAUCCUGUUCUUCCUGUACAACUGCAUUAUCCACACAGAGAAAGUUAUGUUACUUCAGAAACGGUCUCAGAGACCUCUCAAAGACUCCGAAAGCCAGUAAUGAAGAGAAAGGUGCUGCGCAGAAAACCAGGUGGGGAAGUAUUAGUGACUGAUGAGUCAAUUGUCAGUGAAUCAGAAAGUGAUUCUGUGCCAGCAAGUAGCAUAGAAAGUGAUCUGAAUCUCUGGGACUUGAGACAAAGGCUGAUGAAUAUGCAUUUCCAAGAAGACAGGGAAUCCACAGUUGGUAUUUCACAAAAACUUAGUCUACCACAUGAAUACCAAGGAGUUUCACAAGAUCAGCUUAUUUGCUAUCUACAAAGAGAGGAAAUGGGCCCUCCAGCUUAUGAACAAGACCUGAUUGUUGCCAGCAGAUCCAAGUCCUUUAUUCUCCCAAGGUUGGACCAGUUAAGCCGGAACCGGGGCAAGAUAGAUCGGGUAGCCCGAUAUUUUGAGUACAAAAGGGACUGGGACUCAAUGCGAUUUCCUGGUGAAGAUCAGAGGAAGGAGCUACGCUGGGGUGUCCGAGAAAAGAUGCUUUCCCGAACAGAACCUCAAUCCAAGUCUCAACAUGUGUAUGUUCCAAACAAUUACCUAGUACCAACUGAGAAGAAAAGAUCGGCCCUUCGUUGGGGUGUUCGUUGUGAUCUUGCAAAUGGUGUCAUACCCAGGAAGCUUCCCUUCCCUCUUUCCCCUUCUUAAGUCUUCUACCUGUCUCUCCCAUCAAACUGUUUAGGAUAAGCUGGUUCUUUAUCUCUUUCAGUUAUGACUUGAAAAGCCCACAGAAUUAUUAUAUGAAAUAAGGAUUUCACCCACCAUUGUUCUUUCUUAGCUGUAUAUCACAUAGGUAUCAGACCCCACUUAAUUUCCAAAUUACCAUUCUCAAAAGCAGCAAUUACAAGAGAAAUCAUGCCAGGGAAAGAAAGUCAGCCUGGUCUUUGUAUUUUCUCAAGUUAGAAGGUACCAUAUCUGUUUGAUAACCUUUUUACCUUGGGCCAUUGAGAACUGCUGUGUUUUGAUGUGUUUUUUAAGUUGGUGGUCAU